UCUUUAUCUUAAGUCUGCUGAUUUUGAAGCACUUGGAGUAUCGAUUAUGGACAAAUGUUUGCAAGUGUAUUAUACUUUAUUUUUUUUUUGUUUAAGAUUAAUGGCAUACUCAAAGUGCACGUCACAAUUUCGAAUUUACCUGAUUAGUGGGGAUGUCAUGUAAAAUAUCAGACAGUUAUUCAUGCACUUUGCAUCAACAACGAGCUGCUCAUUUUGGAUUAAAUUAAAUUUCUAAAAUUUGAAAAUUCAUUGUAGUUGACUGCAAAAAAGUUAUUCAUUCGGCAAGUUUAUAUUACAAUCUUGAGUCUAAAAUGAAGUAAUACAAUGUCAAUGGUCAUUGAUAAUAAUCACACAUUGAGAUUGCGGCAAACAUAAAUAAAAAAAAAAUUAGUAUAAUCUUUAAUAUUUUUGUCUCGUGUAUGUUUUUAAAAUAAUAAUCAAGUAAUAUAUUUUAUCAUUGACAAACGUGGAAGUAAGUUUGCGAAUUUAGUCUUUCGAAAGUCAUCAAGAAGUAACUUUGAUAAUAUUAAAUUCUUAAUAAAUAUUUAAUCAACAAUGGCUGCUCUUGCAAGUCCAGUUUUUAGUGCUGUAGAACGAAAACUAAGCAAGCAUAGUCUUCGAAUUUCUUUGGAUCUCAGUCCUGUUAGUGAUAGCAUAGAAAUGCCUCAAAUGAAUGAAGCCAAUUCCGAAAAUUCAGACACAAUGAAAAAUGAUGAUCAUUCAACUGAAUCAACUUACCAAUUAAAUGACGAUUCGAAAUCAGACAAAUCAUGGUUUUCUAGAAAUCGAAAAAUAACAAAUAAUUUAAUAGCCUUUUUUUUGCAUUUAAUUGUUUUAAUAUAUUUUACAUUUGCAACAAUACACUGGAUAAACAAUAAUAACAAUGGAAAUUUAGACUGGUGUGAUGGAUAUGGAAUGCUUGUGGUACUUGUGGCAAUUGUUUACAUUGGUAUUGUUUAUUAUAAAAUAUUUAAAAAAUAUUUUGCCUCAAUUAUUAUAAGAAUAUUUGAGCCACUGUUAAAUUCCAUAGAAUCACUACAACAAAAAAGGUAUAUAUCUGUUGUGGUAAAAACAGUAUUUUAUGUGUCAUUGUUAACAGGAUUAGUUGUAUAUUUAUACUAUGAUACAAUUGGAUCCAGAGAAAGGCUUAGAAGUGGUCUUGGUUUUUUAUCAAUUUUAAUUUUUGGCUUUGUUUUUUCAAAACAUCCUACUAAGGUAAAUUGGAGGCCAGUUAUUUGGGGUUUGAUACUUCAAAUUGGAUUUGGUUUAUUAACAAUAAGGUGGACUGUUGGUAGAUCAAUAUUUGAAUGUGUUGCUGAUAAAGUUACAAUUUUUUUAAACUAUGCAAAAGAUGGCUCACUGUUUGUUUUUUCAGAAGAGCUUGUUAUAAUUAAAAGUGUAUUUGCAUUUUCUGUUCUUCCAGUUGUAUUUUUUUUUAGUUUUAUGAUUCAAGUAUUGUAUUAUUGGGGUGCAAUGCAAUGGGUCAUUUUAAAACUUGGAUGGGCUUUGUCCUCUGUAAUGGGAACAACUGUUUGUGAAUCAAUUAAUUCAGCUGCAAAUACAUUUCUUGGAAUGACUGAAUCACCACUACUUAUUAAACCAUAUAUAUCAAAAUUAACAGCAUCAGAACUUCAUGCAAUAAUGAGUUCUGGUUUUGCAACAGUUUCUGGUACUGUACUAGCAGCAUAUAUUAAUUUUGGUGCUCAACCAAGUCACUUGAUAACAGCAUCAGUUAUGUCAGCUCCAGCUGCACUUUGUUUUUCAAAAUUAUUUUAUCCAGAAACAGAAAGAAGCAAGACAACAUUUAAAAAUAUUCCUCUUCAAAAAUCAGAAGAUGCAUCUGUCAUGGAUGCAGCUACAAAAGGUGCUUUAGCAGGAAUACCUCUUGUUCUUGGUAUAAUUGCAAACAUCAUUGCAUUUGUUUCUUUAAUAUCAUUUCUAAAUGGAAUUCUUGGUUGGCUUGGUGGACUCGUUGGCUUUACAGAUCUAACACUAGAAUUGAUUUUGUCAAAAGUUUUUUUACCUUUGAGCUGGAUAAUUGGAGUACCAUGGGAUCAGUGUGAAGAUGUUGCUACUUUAAUUGGUCUUAAAACAGUUGUCAAUGAGUUUGUUGCCUAUCAAAGACUUGGUGAAUUGAAAAAACUAGGUAAAUUAACACCACGAGUUGAGGGAAUCGCAACAUUUGCUAUAUGUGGUUUUGCUAAUCCUGGAUCUGUUGGUAUUAUGAUGGGAGCACUUAUUUCAAUGGCACCAGAAAGUAGACAAACAAUUGCAAGUGUUGUUGUACGUGCUUUUAUUUCUGGCUCUGCGGUUUGUUUUAUGACUGCUGCAAUUGCAGGAAUGCUGAUGGAUGAAGAUUAUUUUACCCAUGGCUCAAUGAAUAACAUAAUGUUCAAUGUAUCAGCAAUAAAAUAAUAUUAAUAAAUUUGAAUAAAUUUUUAAAAAAUAAUAUUUUAAUUGAAUAUUUCAUUAACAAGAGCGUGGUUAUAUAUAUUUUUAUGUAUUUUUCAUUCGAUUCAUCAUAAUUAAAAUUUUUAUUUAUUUAUU